AGAAAACCGCGGGCAAACAUCAUUGAGACUUUAUAUAGUGCCUGACACUUGAUUCUGAGUAUUAUUGUAACUAUCAAACAGAUGACGCUCAGACCAAUGAUGAACCUGUAGACAAGCAUCCCGACGAAACCAGUCAUUUUCAAUGUAGCAAAAACCUGAUCUCAGGAUGGUAGACAAGCUGAACAUUUGAACUAUGUUGCAUGAAUUCGAGUGUCGGUCUGAUACCUAAUCCCUUCGACCUUAAGUACCGGCACCAUCUUCUUCACUCGCUCACUGAGGCGAAGCGAUGUCAACGCCUUGGGGGUUUCGAUUGCCUUUUUCGGUUGAAGAACCCCAAGAGACGACCAUCAUAAACUAGGGAAGCUGGCGGUAGAACCACUCACACCACGCUGAUUUGUUGCUGCUCUUGGUGUGCUUGAUUCGUAUGCCGUCCUCUCGGAGUCAACAUGUUCCAGAACCAUGCACUCGCCAUUGAAGCCAGGCUUAUUGGAUUCACAGUCUUUUGUGACUGAUCCGCACUGUGGGAAAAAGGAGAAGUUAUUUCAGUAAGUGCUUGCAUCGAGUGAUGGAGAUUUUUUCGAUCAACACAGUUGCCAGUGAUUUAUUUCCACGCGACGAUGCUAACAAGAAGAAAAAACAUGUGACGAGAGAUUACUUUGCACAUCUCUCACAGUCACUGGGAAUUUCACUCAGAGUGCCUCUCUCAACUGUGCGUUGGAGCGCGUAGUAUCCCGGUGAAACGGAACUGACUAAUGCGAGACUCGAAACCACAGGAGAGAACGUCGUUUGGUUUGACGUCUGCUGAACGUUGUGCUAUCGUCUGCUAGCAUUGAUAAACUGUCGUCUGGUUUUCAUCAGCUCAGUGCUUCUUCAUCCGGUAAUGGAUGGAGUUUAGUGAUUUUCAGAUCGUUUCCAAGGCUGGUUUCUUCACCAUUGCAAAUGGUAACUGUAAAGGAUAGUUGGGAUGAAUAAAUUUGAUUUGGAUGUAUUCUGAACUGUGAUAUUUUUCAUGUAAAAGGUGUUUCCAGUCUACAGAAUCAACGACAAUGGAACUUGACUCUCUCACCAAUCUACUAGGAGUUCUUUUUCUUUACGGAGUGCUCUGUACGGAUUAUGACACCGACGGAGAGGCGAGAGGGAAAGUGGUACUGAUCCUUUACGAUGGCUUCCGAUGGGAUUACCUGGACAUUCCUGGGUUAGAGGGGUUCACCCACGUCCAGGAGAAUGGAGCAUGGGUGGAGAAGAUGACCAUGGCCUUCCCUACUCAGUCCUAUCCACAGUAUUACACUAUCAUGACAGGUUUAUAUGCUGAGAACCAUGGGAUAGUCAAGAACAACUUCUACGACCCACUCUAUGACGAGGUGUGGUUCGCCGCCAGCAAUCCAGGGUAUGACCAUCCUCACUUUUACAAUGAUGGUGAACCCGUAUGGGUGACCGCUACUCGCCAGGGUAAGAAGGGUGCAUUAUACUACUGGCCAGGCUGUGAGGUCACCAUUAGGAAUGUGACACCAGCUCUCUGUGAUCCAUAUUUUAACUCCCCGGAUAGGAUCGACAUCCGCUACGCCUUUGAAAAGACGUUGGAUAAUCUGAAAGAAGGGUAUGACUUCAUUGGUAUCUAUGUUGAAGACAUCGAUAAGAUGGGUCACAAAUUCGGGCCGUUCUCUAUCGAGGUGAAUGAAUCGGUGUCCGGGUACGAUAAGGAGCUAGUCACCUUCCUGGACGCGCUUAAGGCCAGGGACUUAGCCGAUUCAGUCAAUGUGAUCCUGGUGUCUGAUCACGGGAUGUCAGCCUAUGACAGCUCAGGACGGGACUGUAACGUGGACAUCACUAAGGCUUUCACUGUAGGGGAGUUUGUGAACAGUAUCAAGUUUGUCUUGAAUGAGAUGAUAUAUCCCAAGUAUCCGAAUAUGACAAACUUUAUAUACAACCGCUUAAAGAACCUCCAUCCUCACGUCCAUUUCUUCCUGAGGGAAGAUUUCCCUGAAAGAUACCACUUCAGUAACGACAGAAGAAUUGCUCCAAUUCUGUAUUACUGUGAUCCACCAUAUUAUACAUCAACAAUGAUCAACCAGAUAUGGGAGCCUCCACCAGGGGAGCUCGGACGUAUGGGAGACCAUGGGUAUCUGCCAGAUCUUGACGACAUGAAAGGUAUCUUCCUGGGGAUGGGUCCAGCGUUUAUAAAAGGUGCUAGACAGAGUGAUAUCAAUUCCGUCGACAUCUACCAACUCGUAUGUAAGAUACUCGCCAUCGAGCCAGCACCGCAUAACGGUACAUGGGAGAACCUGGUAGACAUCACCAUCUACUCGAGCUCCCGGCCGAGCCUUGGUCUUCCGACGACACAUCUGAACUUACUGACGCUGUCUCUGUUGGUGUCAUUUUAUCAUUUCUAGCUGAGUGUUGGACAUGUUGUGACUGGCAUGGUGCGCUCAAAUAAAUGUGUAUCUAUCAGCCACACUCACUGUUAGAAUAAUGAGUAGAAAUGUUAAAA